AUGGGGAUAACCUCGUAUUUUAUCAAUAAGGGUCCUCGUGGUCAACAUCUCAUCUACCAGGAAGUCAUCUCGACCAUGUCCGUCGUAUUCUUCCUACCUGCAUUUAUCUCACCAUUUAUGCCCACCGCGUUGGGAAAGUUCGUGCUUCUUAUCGAUGUGGUCUUUUCGUAUCUAUGGCUCACGGCAUUUAUCUUCUCCGCCCAAGACUACAACGAGAACAGCUGCUUCUGGAACUCUCCCCCGGGUCAAUCAUGCUCUAAGAAGAAGGCCAAUGAGGCAUUCAUAUUCCUUGCUUUUAUCUUCACUUUCUUCGGCAUGUUCCUCGAGGUUCUUGGUCUUUGGGCGUACCGUCGAGAGAACGCCGCACCCGCCCGUGAGAAGACCGGUGGUGCUCAUGGUGGUCCUGCCGAUGCUCCUGUUGAUGCCCCUGCUGAGUCUGCUUAA